AUGAAUCUGGCGCCUCAGUUGGUCUCCUUUGCAUACAUCUGGUUCGUAUUGAUGCCAAAUGCUUUUGCUUCUUCUGACAUCAAGAAGACACAAGAGUGGUGUGUCUCUUCCAUGAAACAAACCCGCAAACAAGAAACUAGAAAGAGGAAAGAUGACAUUACCAAAGUAUGGCCCCUGAAACAUGAGCAACUUCUCCAUAUCGAAGACCAUGAUUUCGCUAUGAGACCUGGGUUUGGAGGGUCCCCAGUACCCGUGGCAAUAGAUGUCCAGGUGGAAAGCAUUGACAGCAUUUCAGAGGUUAACAUGGAUUUUACAAUGACAUUUUAUCUCAGGCAUUACUGGAAAGAUGAGAGGCUCUCCUUCCCUAGCACAACAAACAAAAGCAUGACAUUUGAUCACAGAUUGAUACAAAAGAUUUGGGUGCCUGAUGUCUUUUUUGUCCAUUCUAAAAGAUCCUUCAUCCAUGAUACAACUAUGGAGAACAUCAUGCUGCGUGUGUACCCUGAUGGGAACAUCCUCUUCAGUCUCAGGAUAACGGUUUCGGCCAUGUGCUUUAUGGAUUUCAGCAGGUUUCCCCUUGACACUCAAAAUUGUUCUCUUGAACUGGAAAGCUAUGCCUACAAUGAGGAGGACCUAAUGCUAUACUGGAAACAGGGAAACCAGUCCUUAAACACGGAAGAGCACAUUCCCCUUUCUCAGUUCUUCGUGGAGGAAUUCAGCGCCUCCAGCGGAUUCGCCUUCUACAGCAGCACAGGUUGGUACAAUAGGCUUUUCAUCAACUUUGUGCUAAGGAGGCAUAUUUUCUUCUUUGUGCUGCAAACCUAUUUCCCAGCCAUGCUGAUGGUGAUGCUUUCCUGGGUUUCAUUUUGGAUUGACCGAAGAGCUGUUCCUGCAAGAGUUUCCCUGGGAAUCACCACAGUGCUCACUAUGUCCACCAUCACCACCAGUGUGAGCGCCUCCAUGCCCCAGGUGUCCUACGUCAAGGCUGUGGACGUGUACUUAUGGGUCAGCUCCACCUUCGUGUUCCUGUCAGUCAUCGAGUACGCAGCCGUGAAUUAUCUCACCACCGUGGAAGAACAGAACCGAUUCAAGAAGAGAGGAAAGAUUUCUGGAAUGUACAAUAUUAAUGCAGUUCAAGCCAUGGCCCUCGAUGGUUGUUAUCAUGACACUGACAUAGACCAGACUUCCUUUUCUCUACACUCAGAAGACUCCAUUAAAGGAAAAUCUACAGGAAGCCCCAGCACAGAUUCAUCUCGGAUAAAGAGAAGAAAAUCCCUGGGAGGACAUGUCGGCAGAAUCAUUCUGGAAAACAAUCAUGUCAUUGACACCUAUUCUAGAAUUUUAUUUCCCAUUAUGUAUAUUAUAUUUAAUUUGUUGUAUUGGGGUGUAUAUGUAUGA